UUUAUAUAUUAUAUUAUAAAAUCCAUCAUAAGUAGUUUUAUGGAACUAAGUAUUCAGCAUCCAUGAUAUGUACAUGCCAGUCUGACUUGCAUCUUAUUUAGAUGUAGCACUUGUUACAUCUUUAAGGGAUGGAAUGAAUCUUGUCAGCUAUGAAUUUGUUGCGUGCCAAGCAUCCAAGAAGGGGGUUCUCAUUUUAAGUGAGUUUGCAGGUGCAGCACAGUCUCUUGGUGCUGGUGCCAUCUUGGUAAAUCCAUGGAACAUCACAGAAGUUGCUGCUUCCAUCGGUUAUGCAUUGGAUAUGCCAGCUGAUGAAAGAGAAAAACGGCAUCAGUUUAAUUUCAAACAUGUGAAAGCUCACACGUCACAAGAAUGGGCUGCAACUUUUGUGAGUGAACUGAAUGAUACCAUUGUUGAAGCUCAGCUUAGGACAAGACAAGUUCCACCAUUUCUUCCCAACAAAGUGGCUGUUGAUCGUUACUCAAUAUCCAAUAACCGAUUAAUCAUAAUGGGUUUCAAUGCCACUUUGACUGAACCAGUGGAUGCCCUUGGAAGGGGUGGUCAAAUUAGAGAACUGGAACUGGAAUUACACCCAAAUAUGAAGGAACCUUUAAAGAAGCUAUCCGAGGAUCCGAAGACAACAAUAGUUGUUCUGAGUGGGAGCGAUCGAGCAGUCCUGGACAAAAACUUCAGUGAAUUUAAUAUGUGGUUGGCAGCAGAAAAUGGGAUGUUUCUGCGACGUACUACAAGUGAUUGGAUGACAACCAUGCCUGAAAAUUUAAACAUGGAUUGGGUUGAUAGCGUGAAGCAUGUUUUUGAGUACUUUACUGAAAGAACUCCGCGGUCUCAUUUUGAGCUUAGGGAGACUUCAGUAGUAUGGAAUUACAAGUAUGCAGAUGUUGAGUUCGGAAGGAUUCAAGCAAGAGAUCUGCUUCAACAUCUGUGGACAGGGCCAAUAUCAAAUGCAUCUCUUGAUGUUGUCCAAGGUGGUCGAUCUGUUGAGGUUCGCGCAGUUGGUGUGUCAAAGGGAGCAGCUAUUGAUCGUAUCCUUGGAGAGAUAGUUCAUAACAAAGGCAUGAAGGCACCAAUUGAUUAUGUCCUAUGCAUUGGUCAUUUUCUAACCAAG